AUGAUCCAAAGAGGUAUCUACACCCCCGUGCCCACCUUCUUCAAAAAAGACCUCAAAACCAUCGACUUCGAGACCCAGGCUCAACAUGCCCAGUUUUUGAAAAAUAACGGCAUAUCAGGCCUCAUUGUCAUGGGCUCUACAGGUGAGCUUGGCCACUUGACAAGACAAGAACGAGCCCUGGUGGUGGCCCAUCUCCACAAAAGCGUUCCUGACUUCCCCAUCUUGGGAGGAGUCAGCCAGCACUGUGUUGAGGAGGCUGUUUCAGAAAUUCUGUCUUUGAAACAAGCCGGUGCAUCCCAUGCUUUGGUGUUGCCUAGUUCCUACUUUGGACCUUCGUUGAAGCAACAGGGUCUUAUUGACUGGUACACCGAGGUGGCUGACCGUUCAGAAUUGCCUAUUCUCGUUUACAUUUACCCUGGAGUCACAAACAAUGUCGUGGUUGAGCCUUCUACAGUGGUGACUCUUUCAAAGCACCCAAAUAUAGUAGGAACCAAGAUUUCUCAUGGCGAUGUUGCCCACCACGCCACAAUUGGAUUGGACCCCUCAGUCAAGGCUGCAGAUUUCACCUGUCUCACCGGUUUGGGCCAGAUUUUGCUUCCUGCUCUUACAGUUGGUUUUGACGGUACAGUGGAUGCUUUGAGUGGUGCUUUUCCACAGCUCUACGUGAACAUCUUGAAAGCCUACGAUCUGGGCGACCUUGCCACUGCACAGAAAUUGCAGUGGAUAGCCACACGUGGCGAGGAGCUCGUGGUCCGUUUUGGUGUUGUUGGAAUCAAAAGAGCCAUUCAACAAGCCACUGGUUUUGGCGAGACGUACUUGGGUAGAGCUCCACUCAACCAGGAUGUGGUUGGAUGGGAACAGUAUGCGGAGAAUUUCACGGGAUGCGCCGAGGCCGAAAAAGCCCUUUGA